UGAGUUUUUUUGGCGAUUUCAGCUGCGCCAUUAUAUUCUCUCGAAAAAUUAUAAUAAUUCUUAAAUGUAAACAAAAGUGAUUCAUUUAAAUCAAAAUGACUGAAGAAAUUAGCAUUAAGUCUUCUGGACUUACAUUAGCGUCAUUAAUGAGUGAAUGCGAACAAGCAGACUUUGACAAGAUUGGUUUUCUUUUGGGCUAUUAUUCCGAAGAAAUCAUCAAAUCCGUAACAGAUGCUGAAAUUGAAACAAUAAAAAUAAAGAAAAUGUUAAAUAUAACUGGUAUAUUUCCAAUAUCUGAUGUAUUUUACAAUCAUAUCGGUGAAGUUAAUCAUAAAAAUAAGAAUAUCGAAUAUAUUCGAAAUGAAAAGAAUGUAAUUGGAUGGUAUCGAUCUCGAAAACAUACAAACUUAAAGAUGACGGUACGUGAGAAAUUAAUUCAUAAAGAAUUGUGUAGUAUUUCCGAUAAACCUGAUAUGUUUACAUUUUGUGCGUUAACAUCAUCGUAUACGAAGAAUAGUGCAACACACACGUAUUCACAGAUAUUCUAUCGUUACGAUUAUACACAAUUUAUCGAAAUACCAUUAAUCAUAACAAAUCUAGGUGAUGCCGAUAAGUUAUAUAAAACGACUAGUCAAAAAACGGGUACAAUCGAUAAAAUUAUUCGUAAUAUACGAUCAGAUGUUAACGUUAAUUCGGAUUUAUGUUUAAAUAAAAUUGAAAAUAGUGUUCAACAGCAUAUUUAUUCGUUAAUUAAUCAAGUAAGUAAAUUAUAUGAAGAGAAAAAACAUUUAGAAUUAGAAAUACAACGAUUUAACGAACAAGAAACGCACGAAAGUGAUGAUUCUUCUCCGUUAAAAGAGAUUUUUACAAAAACAUCCGAAGAAUUAAAAGAUAAAUUAAAUUAUGCGAAUGUGUUAAAAAAUAAUUCACCGAUUGUUAAUAAAGAAACGAAGAAAGCAUUAAAUGCUCAAUUAAAAAUGGUACCAGAUUCUCCGAAUACAAAAGAGAAAUCAUCAAAAGCUAGGAAUUCAUUACCAUCACCUUCAACACAUAUUACACUUCGAAAUCGAUCAUCACGAGCAAAUCGAAGUUUAUUAAAUAACUCAAAGGAAUUGAAUACUAGCGGUUUGUUGCAGGAGAAAGAUGAAUAAAAAGAAAAAAAACCUCGUUGUG